GGGGGGGGGGUCAUUCAAUUCAAAGUGGGGCACACGAUGAAAACACGUCGUCAUUAUGUUCACUAGCGCGGCGAGGGGGCUUUGACUGAAAUCGAAACGGUUUCAAAGUGAACACGUAUUCUGGACAAAGGCCUUAAUAAUCAAAGUCUGUUCGGCAAUAUUUGUUUGAAUCCCCUACAAAACACAAACAAAAUUGUUUUAAUUAUAAGGUAAUCCCGAUAUUCAAGAAACACGAUCGCAACGAUUUUCAAGAAAUAAACCUAGGUCAAUUUAAAGUGAAGAAAUCUUCCCUUUUUAAUGGGUCGGGAUUUGAGCGACCCAGUAGAACAUAGCACUGAUGUGAACUAACCCCUAAAGAUCAGUGGCACAUUCCAUGUGAAGUACGAGUAUGAUCAGAGUAGCGCCCCUCCCGAAUUUGUAUUCACUACAAUGCUCGAGAUGCAAUAGUACCAAGGAUAUUCGAGGCUUGCCAGUUCACUUCGGUCAGCGUUUCGCACAGUUCGAUAUCGAAUGUUCGUCGCAUUGCAAGUGUUUUUGAACAAGAAACAAAGUCGCUUAACCGCCUGUUUGUGAAUUAAUAUUGAGUAUGGAUGGGAACACGUGCUGUAAAGGAGCGGAGCCAGUUGAAGAAGAGGAACAGGUACCUGACUGUAGCUGUGCUCCAGAAACAGGAGAAGAUGAAACGGAUGAGAAAACGAACCGUAUCAUGCUGCAGUACGACGAGGCAGAUGCUGAUAAACUCACUUCUUUUGGGGCAAAGCUGAGCACCAAUUCCGAGGGGGAACAUCGAUUGGUCGAGGUCGAAGAAGAUGGACUGGCCAAACAACUCCAUCUGAAGAAUGAUGACGUAAUAAUUGAACUGAAUAGUGCUGAUGUGACUGACGUAUGCUACGAGUCAUUGCUUCUGAGCCUUCAAGAUCUUGGCACUCAAGUUCAAUUUGUUGUCAACAGACAAAAUGAAGGAACGCCUCAACAGGGCCGGGUUCACUUUCGUCUUGGACCAGCCGAGGGAGAUGUGGGAUGUGGUGAAGCUCGCAUUGUUUACAAGCAGCACAACGUUAUAGAUGUACCGACUCCUUGCUUGGGUGUUAUCAUCGAGUACUUUGUACUGCCACUGGAAGAGGCUUUCGUGCCACUUGUCGUAUAUGUUCUUGACACAGCAAAACAAAUAAACCUGCAGAUCACACAGCGGAGAAAUGUCAAUCAUCUAGAUAUUUCGGCAUCUAGUGCUCAAUUCACGUCAAAUGCUGCAACGGUGUGUAUGUAUGAAUACAUACAAGUGAGCUCGCCCACCCCAGCUGGGACCAUCACGGCUUAUGCUUCAGUCCCAACCCAACGACAGUACGGAGUUAGAUUCAGUGGGAUUGGUGCUGGACCCCUUCAAGUGAGGGCCUUUCCACGCCUGAUGAAGACCCAAGGACGUCGAAUCUUAGCAAACAGGUUCUUCUUUUUGCUGAAUAUUGAAAACACCACUGUGGACAUAACACCGGUGUCAAUUCGGGGUCUUCAUGUUACUUCCAACUCCAGUGACCAAGCUGUGCUAAGCUCAUCAAUCAACAGCAUGUUGGAAGUGGCCAAUUCAUCUGAUUGCUCACGGCAGUGCGUCUUACAAAGAUCAUGCCAUGGCCGCGAUUCUGACGAGUAAAGGCUUGUACAGAUAUGGCGCGGUCAGUAAACCGCCACAAAGAAAGCCGCCAAGGUUUUGCCGCGUCAAACUGAACGGGUCUUGAUUGUCUCAUUAAUUGAUGAUAUUAAAUGACUUUAUAAUGAUACAAAUAAUGAUGAUAGUAAUCAUAAUCAUCAUAAUAUUAGUAAUAAUAAUGUAUUGAUAAUAAUAUAAAUAUAAUAAUUAUAAAAACACUGAUAAACGACAAAGAUGUUUGUUCGAAAGAUUGUGUCAAGUUAAUUUCAAAUGCCCAACUGGGAUGUUUUCACUAUUACCCUUUCAGAAUAAGAGUUUGGAGACCUCAAAUAUUUGUCUUUCAUACGUUUUAAGUUACAAUAUACUAAUUACUUACUUUAGCAGUAGUAACAAAAUUAUAUCCAAGGGUAGUUAUAAUCAUAAUUAAAAAUUAAUAUGAAUAUAAAUUAUACUUUUACUCGGCUAUACUAGUUAAAAGAUCGCUUAGUAUCAUUUAUACAGGACUGUGUUAUCAGUAUCAUCCUCGUAAUAUUGAAACAACUUUUGUUUUUCUUUU